GAUUUACCACCGACUGAAGAUUGAAGAAGAAUGAGGUCGUUUCAAAUCGUGACCUUGAUGGACGCGUACGUUAAUUAUAUUGUACGCACUUAAUUCGAAGCUGUGGGUUAAUGAUGUAAUGCAUCGAGAAGUCAAAGAUGUUUGCAAGGCUAUAAUUCGUGGGGGAGUGAAUAAGAUAGGAAAUUGGACUUACGGACUUUGUCACAAAGUUCAUUUUCAAAAUCGAUAGAUUAUAGUUGAGGAUUUUAGUUGGUCAUUUCGUAAUGAAAACCCUUACAAUUAUUCCAAAUGCAAACUUCCAAAUCUUAGUUUUGAUCACAACUAUUCAUUAUAACUUAUAACCCUCUUUUGACUAGUAGGCCGGGGUAUUUUCUCAGUUUCACUUCAGCAUAUCUCAUUUCUCGUUCAUAAAUUAUAGUCUUGCUUAAUGUGUUAAUGUAUAUAAUUUGUAUAGCUGUCUUCGAACGAUUUACUCACACAACUCUCUGCGGAACUCGUUUUUCCUUAAGGUCUUUAGUGUAGAAUAUGUAAUUUACCUACGGGGUCAGUCCUCCUACUCAGGCAGAUUUCAAAACCAUUAGCUUCCAGGAAUACCAACAUUUUCAAUUUUCACACGGUAACUGAAAAUUGGUCAUCCGGUAACACCCUUUAGGAAAAACCAUUUUUCAAAAUGUCUUGAUAGGAUCGUAAAAAUAAGUGUCACUGAAUGGCAUAAACGUGACCGAAAAUACCCAUUUCAAAACAAAUAGUAUAGCUGUUUAUGAUCAGUCCAGACGUUCAUUGGUUCAAAUCACACAAUUUUCAUCUGGUCAACUAAAAAGUACUAUAAGGCUUUACACGAAGUGUUGCUCAAAGCCGAGUACAUAGACCUGUACUCGGCAAAGGCGCUACAUUACUUAAGUUUGAGUCUUAUAUUUACGAAUCAGAAUUUAUGUGCUGUCAGUCUCACGAUUUGCGAUUUUAAUGUCCAAGCCUUAGAUAUAUCAAAGCGUUAAUGGUUACCUAAUGGUCUCAGUUUGUGCGAACAACUCUUCGAUUGCACUCAUGUUUAUUACGUGCGACUUGUGAAUGUUUUCUAUCUUUUAGAAGAGCAAUUUUAGUGAAGAAAUAAUUGCAUUAGCUUCAUUGGUACUUUCGAACUUGGGACUUGACCACAUAACGAUCUCUUAAAAGCGUUUCUCGAAAGAUGAGCUCCGAAGCACGUAACUCAAAAGUGGCUCCGAAGAAGUUUGAUUUUAUGGAUAUUUUUUCGGAAUCUUAUUCAUUAGCACAAAAGCGCAAUCAGGUGACCAAUGCAAGGAUUUUAGCUUUACUUCCGGAAAAUGAUUCUCAAACCACUGAAAUGGAUCCUCUUGAGGAGUCUAAUUUAGACAUCGAAUCUGACUAUAUUGGUCCCUCACCAGAAGAUAUGGCUGCCGAAAACCCAUAUUAUUUACCUAUUACUCAAAAUCUAACUCUCUCUCAUGGUUGUAAACCUCUCACCGCAAUAGGUGUUGAUCCAGCAGGUGCUCGCGUUGCUACAGGUGGUUUCGACUUUGAUGUGAAACUUUGGGAUUUUGGUGGGAUGGAUAACGCAUGUCGUCCAUUCAAGGCUUUUCGUCCUUGUGAAGAACAUCAAAUCAAGCACUUGGAUUUCAGUCCUUCCGGAGAACAUCUUUUGGUCAUAUCUGGUUCGGCCCAAGCUUUUAUUGUUGAUCGAGACGGAGAGGCUGUAUGUUAUACAAACAAAGGUUAUCAGUAUAUUACUGACCCGGCUAGUGCUAAAGGUCAUACUCAUGCAUUGCAUUGGGGUAUGUGGCACCCUCUGGAUUCAAACAAACUACUCACAUGUUCUCAAGAUUCAACCCUGCGUGUAUGGGAUAUAAAUGAUGCAGAGGCAGUCAUGAAUGAAACACGUAUACCUACGCAUAAAAUUGUGAUUAAGACACGUAAUGCUCAAGGACGAAAAACUAGUCCAACAUCAUGUGCUUAUUCAAAAGAUGGUCAAUUAAUUGCUGCAGGUUGUCAAGAUGGUUCUAUUCAAAUAUGGGAUACACGUAAACCUCUAGUAAAUACAACACAAAUAUGUCGUACAGCUCAUCCAAUCAAUACUGAUAUUACAUGUAUUAAUUGGUCAUGGGAUAGUAAACAAUUAUUAAGUCGUGGUAUGAGUGAUGAUACAAUGAAAUUAUGGGAUACACGUGAAUUAUCUAAAGGAGCUAUUCAUGUAUUUAAAGAUUUACCUGUAUUGUUUAAUCAAAGUGAAGUAACAUUUAGUCCAAAUGAUCAAGUAUUAGCUGUUGCUGUUAGUGUACCACGUAAUGAUCCUAAAAGAGGUCAAAUCAACUUUUAUAGAAGAGAUAAUUUUCAGCUGAUCAAUCAGUUCAGUCCAUGUCAUGGUAGUGUGAUUGGAUUAACAUGGCAUCAUAGAUUAAAUCAAGUAUUCUGUAGUUCUUCUGAUGGUGUAGCUAAUGUAUAUUAUGAUUCAAAAGUUAGUCAUAAUGGUGCUUUAAUGUGCGCUAAUAGACAAGCAACUACAUCAAGUCGUCGACGUCAUACUGGUACUGGUGAAGCGUAUAUGAAACCAAUUAUAUUAACUUAUGAUGAAGAAGCAGUUCGUAUUGCACGUAAAAAUAAAAAAUAUCUUAAUCAAACUGAAAUUGAUUCAGAAGUUGCAAUGGCUGCAGUUAAUGCAAUUUUACAAAAAGAUCAUCAAACUAUACAAGCUGCUAAAGAAGAUGAAGCAAAACAACGUGUUCCAAAUAGAGAAGAAUCUGUUGGUAAUCGUGUUGGAAGUUUACAUCAAUUUAUGGUUCAACAAAUUGUAUUAAAGAAAAAUGAAGCUGAUGAACGAGCUGAAAAAGAUAUACGUGGAGCUAUUCUUCGUCAUGCUGAUGAAGCGAAAAAGCAACCCUUCUGGACUAGAGCUUAUCUAAAAACACAGCCGAAUCCGAUUUUUCAUAAUCCAGAUGAAGAAGUUAAAAAAGACGAUACACCUAUUUGGAAAAAACAAAAAUUAGCUUGAAUGUAAUGUAAAAUAUAAAGAAGAACUUAUGCGAAUACUUGUGUGUGUGUGUGUGUAGGGGGGAGGUACUUUUUUCUCUUUUUCUUUUGUCCAACAUUAUAUAUUGUGUUGUAUUACAUUUACGAUUGAUUGUACAUAAAUGAAAUAACAUUGUAACAUUACUGUUUCAUAUUGUUAUUUAAUUAUUUCUAUGGUAUAUACUCAAUAAUAACAUCUUGUAAAUAGUUGAUA